CUCCAGAGCACAUUCCUCCUAAUUACAGAACCAAAUCGAAAUCUAGCAAUCUCCUCUUUCCCAGCCAUGGCUUCCAACCUUAGCUUCAAGAUCUUGGCAGUCCUGGCUCUUGGACUUGCUCUCUGUGUCCAAGCCACUCUAGGAGGAGUAACAUGCGAAGAUCUUGACCAAGACGUGUGCGCCUUCGCCGUAUCAUCCACCGGAAAGCGCUGCGUGUUAGAGAAACACGUCAAGAGGACCGGACAGGAAGCCUACACCUGCCGGACGUCUGAGAUCGAGGCCGAAAAGAUCAGGAACUGGAUUGAAACCGAUGAAUGCAUCAAAGCAUGUGGCCUUGACCGCAAAUCUUUCGGAAUCUCCUCCGACUCUCUCCUCGAGUGUCAUUUCACCAAAAAGCUCUGCUCCCCUCAAUGCUACGACAGCUGCCCCAACGUCGUCGACCUUUACUUCAACCUCGCCGCCGGCGAAGGAGUCUUUCUUCCAAAACUGUGUGAAGCACAAGGAGGCAAUGUACGAAGAGAAAUGGCUGAGAUCCGGAGCUCCGGUUUGGUUGCCCCAGGACCUAUCCAACCAGGGAGGUUGAUUGUGUCUCCGGCAUUGUCUCCGGCAGAGGGGCCGAUCAAUUAGAUCUGGAAGGAGGAGUUGAUAGUUUCAUAUAUGAGGAAUUAGUUUAGAAUAAAGAUAUGUUGCAGCAUAUAUAUUGUAGUAAGCUUAUUUAUGGUGUGUGUCCAGGAAAUAAGGUGCUGCUUAAUUUCUAUAGUUUGUAGGGACGUAGACAUAUGCUAUACGUGUUUUACAUGUGUAGUGGAAAUGAAGCAUACCCAAUACCUGUGUGGUUAUUUUAAUGGCUAAGAAGAGUGAAAUUAUGAAAUUAGUAGUAUAAUUGUUUGAGAGAAUGUAUCAUAUCCUCUGGUCUCUAUUUACUCGAUCUGGUGAUGCAUGUGAUGUUCUCAUUUCCAACAAAUGGCAUAUGAUUAC